GUGACCCCGAGCCAUGUCCUGCUGCCAGCCCUGCAACCCUUGCUCCCAGUCCUGCGGCCCCUGCCCGCUGGCCAACAGCUGCAAUGAGUGCUGUGUCAGGCAGUGCCAGAGCUCCCACGUUGUCAUUGAGCCGCCUGCUGUGCUGGUGACCCUGCCCGGCCCCAUCCUCAGCUCCUUCCCACAGAACACCGCCGUGGGAUCCUCCACCUCUGCUGCUGUUGGCAACAUCCUCAGCUGUGGCGGAGUGCCCAUCAGCUCUGGGGGCUUUGACAUCUCCUGCAUCACCAACUGCUAUGGUGGCAGCAGAUGCCGUCCCUGCUAAAUCUGUUGGCAAAGUCUUCCUGCAUGAACUUCCAAGACCUCAGAAUGGAGAUCUGGGCAUGAGAUCAAGAUUUGGAACAUUGUGUUUACAGCACCAAGACAUUGUUCCCUUCUCCCACCUUUUUUUCCUCUUUGCUGUCCAUGUCGCCUCAGGCCAGUCUAAUGGGGACAUGUGACCCUCGCUCCCUGUUUUGGGCAAGCAGAUGCACACUCUGCAGGAGCUCCACUACAUCUUAGUGGCUGCACCUGGUGCUCUCUGUGAGCAACCUCCUUUUCCUCUUUACACUCAAUAAAGUUGUUUUGCAUCCAA